AUCUUUUCCUUCUUCUGUGUUUGUUUUUUUUCGUCUUUUGAGAUUCAUCAAGAGAUGCGUUUUUUUUUUUUAUGUGUGUGUGUGUGUGUGGCAGUAAAGAGUCCUCUUUUCGAAGUUAUUGUUCAACUGUUUAUCUGAUUCUUGUUUGUUUACACAGUUACUUUUAUAGUUAAGCAGUGAGAAUUCGAAUCCAUCUUUACAUGUCCAGAUUUUUGAAUCUAUGAUCUAUUUGUAUGAAUGAUUAUGCCUAAAUCAGACUGUGGAAUAAGACUUGUUUGGUAGAAUGGUAGAAUGAAACUCUUAUGAUUGGGGAGAUUGUAGUUAUAGUUUAUCGUGUCGCUGAUUGGAUUUUACUUUCGAUUUAAUUCUGUAGAGAGUACCUAAACGAUCACGAGAUCAAGAUCAACGGCAUUCUCAUUUUGCAAGAGAGUGAAAUCAUUUGUGAGGAUGGACCCCCAACAUACCGGUGAUUUGUUGAACCAUUUGGAGAAGCAAAGUGAAUUACUCAAAGAAGCUCAUAAGACCAUGUCACAAGAACUCCAAACACUCCAGGUUGAACAUGAGAUGAUGAUGCGUAAACUCUAUGAGCUAAUGACCACUCAUCGUUUAAAUCAAAAGAAAAUGGAGGAAACUCAAACUCAAAAUGUGUUGGAGGGAAGAGAAACAGUUGAAGAUUCUCUAUCAACACUAACGAUUGGUGAUGAAGAAGAACAUUGAAGAACUCCACUAGUCAGAAUAGACCGGGCCGGUUUGGGCCGGGCUUGAAAGGGAAGAUCUUAGUAGGUUCGGAAGAGAGGUUUGUGUUCAGAUACUGUAUUUUUGAAUCUCGGUUCUAUUUUUACAAAGAAUCUGUAACCUAUGUCCAUAUAUGUAUAAAUAUGCAAUUUCUGUAAUCUAAAAGCGAUAAAACAAUGUCAUAAAGUAA